UUUGCAACUGUGCUCGCAGAUCAUGGCCGACGAAGAAGACUCUGACCAAGAAUCGCCGCUCAAUCCGAGCAAUCCGGCUGCUGCUGCCCAGCAACGGAAAUCCAAAAAGCGAAGGGGCCACCGUGGGCGAGGAGGCAGAGCUACCGUCAAGCGCGAACGUCUGGACGAGGAUUCCCCGCAUGCGGCGGGCGAGAUCGAGCCCAGUAGCGGAGGACGAGAAGUGGCUUCAGCUGAUGACGAUCGCCGCCACGAGGACCAGGAGGCAACGGCGAACGAGACACCCGAUACUCCAAGCCUGGCAUGCGGUGAAUCUACUGCUACGAAGUCGACCAUCAGCGACGUCACGCAAUCGAACGCGACAACCAUGCGCGUCGCUGUCGUCGGGAAGGCAAUCCAAGCAAAAGCUUCUUCUGAAGCAGCUGCGAAUCAUCGCUCACUACCACCCGCAACCUCAAUGCCAGCAAGCGCAAGUGGCUACAAUCAAGGCUCUGAAAGUCACUCUCACGCUCGCGAGGUGUUUCCCUAUGGCAAUUACCGCGAGUACUAUGGAUACCGCACGCCGCACCACACGCAAGAUCCAAGGCUGCAAGCCAUUCCGACAGACUGUCUUGCUGGCAAAGCAGUCCUGGAUAUCGGAUGCAACUCUGGCCUGCUGUCUCUGGAGCUUGUGCGUCGGACCCGACCAAGUCGCUUCGUCGGGGUGGACAUUGACGAAAAGCUUAUUGCUGCUGCCAUCCGACACCGCGAGUGGCUCAAAUCAACCGCAGCUCUCUCUGUCGUGCCCAGCACACAAACGGCGCAAACUUCGGCUCGACGACCCGUCAAUUUUCCCAUUUCGUUGGCCAUGAGCCAUGGAGCACUGACUGGAAAACUGCACGACAUGCUGCAGACUCUGAAACACAAGCAGCAACAUAGUACAGGGAGACACCGCAAGUCGGCCGCCCAUGAGCAAGAGACAAACCCGCUUGCUGCUGUCGAGCUGGAUCCCAUCUUUGAUUCGGUCGAGUUUUACCCGGGCAAUGUCGUGGACGAUCAGGGCCAGCUGCCGAUGCUUGCCGCCAACCGUUUCGAUACAGUUUUAUGUCUAAGCGUCACCAAAUGGAUUCACCUCAAUUGGGGUGAUGAAGGCCUGCGAGACCUGUUUGCCCGCAUCUGUACAUGGCUGCGGCCUCAAGGCGUUCUGAUUCUUGAGCCGCAACCUUGGAAGAGCUACCACAAAGCCAGCAAGACGAGCGACGCGGCAAAGAACCACUAUCAAACAAUCCAACUCCGCCCAGAAGACUUCCCAUCGCUGCUGGAACAAGCUGGAUUCACCGUUACCGUUCUGGCUCAACCAGACUCACCAGCAGGUCAAGGUUUUGCAAGAACAUUAUAUUCGUGCCGCAAAAAGCAACCAACGUGACGUUCACCAACAAUAAAGACAUGUUCAAGCACGGAA